AUGCCAAAUGAUUUUAUGACAAAUACAGAAAUUAAUGAAAAAGACAACAAGUUCCCAUACUGUGUUGUAUUCUCUUAUCUGCCAUGCGCAUCAACCUUUAUUCCAGUUCUUGGACAUGUUGGAAUAUGCACGUCAACAGGAUUAAUUCAUGAUUUUUCGGGAUCCUUCACCAUCUCAGUUGAUAAUAUGGCAUUUAGUGAUCCUAUGAAAUACUGGAAAUUGGAUAAAAACAAACUUCCCCUUGCAUUUACUGAUAAGUCCUAUGAUGACGCUAUUUAUAAGGCUGAUAAUAUUUUUUCGAAGAGGAAGCAUAACCUACUUGUGAAUAACUGCCAUCACUAUGUAGCUAUGAUUCUAAAUGAUAUAAAAUAUAAAGGAAGAACUAACUGGACCCCAUUUAAGGUGUUUCUUAACCUGAUGAUCCACGGGCGCUAUAUUUCGUGGAAAUAUUUGUUCGUACUGUAUGGACCCUUUCUUCUUAUACUUAUGUUACUUGUAUUUCUUGCAACAUCAAUUUAG